GCAUGCGCUUUUCUUUUCUUUUCUAUUUCUCCCUCCUCUUCUGUAUAACUUCCGAACAAAGGCUCUCUCAUAGCUGAGCUCCGAAAACUCCUGGAUUCCUUGUUCUCCUGCUCGGCCCCCGUGUCCUUUUUCGUCAUUUCGACUAAAAUUUCGUGGAAGGAAAUAAAUUGUACAAGGACAACCGGACAUGUCGGCACUCUUCAACUUCCAUUCAUUUUUAACGGUUGUGCUGUUGGGAAUUUGCGCCUGCACUUACUUGAAGAUGCAAUUUCCAGCAAUCCUUGAACAGCGAACGGGGUUUCGUGGUUUCUUUUGGAAGGCAGCCAGAAUAGGUGAGCGCUUGAGCCCGUGGGUGGCUUUUGGAUGCUUCUCAAUGGGUGUGUCAAUAAUCUUUUUCUGAGUCCUCAUCUUGUCUGUAUUAAGAUGCAACCUUUUCUUUCUUUUUCUUUGGAUCAUGUAGAAAGAAGUUCACUCCUUGAAAUUUAAUAUUAUCAUAUGGUUUUGUGGGUGUGAAUACUGGUAACCACUGUUUCAAGAA